CACUGCCCCUUUAUUGCAGUUUUAUUUGGCAAACGAACGCGACGCGAGGUCUGCAAAAUGUUUAAAGCGCGAGAAACGGCCAACCAGUGAUUGCACCUCGAUUGAUCCGUUCGAUCCGAUCUGAUCUCGCAAUCGGGCAGCGCAAAACCGCAGGGCAACCGCAGCAAAUGCCAUCGUGAAUAGAAACGCCCAUCCACACAGGCACACGAACGAGGAUUUGGAUUUCAGUUUGGACUCGGAGCCACCACACACGCACACACUCGCGCGGACCCUUGGAGCACCACCCGCACACACAAGCACACACACACGCCGCACACCCCACCAGCCACACGCACACCCGCAACGAUGUCACACCUACCUUUGCCGCUUUAUGGCUUCGCGGCAUUCUUUAUGGUUUUCUGGCUGGGCACCUGGAUGGUGCAUGUGAUAGCCAUUUGCUACGGCCGCUACAAGCUGCACAAGAAGUCCUGCAAACUGCCCACAGAGGCACAACCUCUGCCAGGUGUCUCCAUUCUCAAGCCGCUCAUGGGCGUCGACCCAAAUCUGCAGCACAACCUGGAGACCUUCUUCACCAUGGACUAUCCGCUGUACGAGCUGCUUUUCUGCGUCGAGGACAAGGAGGACCCGGCCAUACAGCUGGUCGAGCGACUGCUGGCCAAGUACCCGCUGGUGGACGCCACCCUCUUUGUGGGUGGCUCCGACGUGGGCGUCAACCCCAAGAUCAAUAACAUCCAUCCAGGUUAUAUGGCCGCCAAGUACGACUUUGUGAUGAUCUCAGACAGCGGCAUCAAGAUGAAGGACGACACGCUGCUGGACAUGGUGCAGAACAUGUCCGACAAGCACGCCCUGGUCCACCAGAUGCCCUUCACAAGCGACCGGGACGGAUUUGCUGCCACCUUCGAGAAGGUCUUCUUCGGCACGGUGCAGAGCAGAAUCUAUCUAUCGGCGGAUGUGCUGGGCAUCAACUGCCACACGGGCAUGUCUUGUCUGCUGCGCAAGGCGGUCAUCGACCAGCUGGGUGGCCUGCGAGCCUUUGGCUGCUACUUGGCCGAGGAUUUCUUCAUCGCGCGCAGUGUAACGAGACUGGGCUGGAAGAUGCGCAUCUCCAAUCAGCCAGCGCUGCAGAACAGUGGUCUCUGUGACAUCGGAAGCUUCCAGGCGCGGCUCAUUCGAUGGGCCAAGCUGCGCGUGGCCAUGGUGCCCACCACCAUACUGCUGGAGCCGCUCUCCGAGUGCAUGAUCCUAGGCGCCAUUGCCGCCUGGUCCGCAUCCGUGCUGUUCAGUUGGGAUCCGCUGGUGUUCUACCUGGUGCACGUGCUCUGUUGGUUCCUGUCCGACUGGCUGCUGCUAUCCAUUGUCCAGCACGGCUCGAUGCCGUUCCACAAGUUCGAGUUCGUCGUUGGCUGGCUGUUCAGAGAGCUGACCGGACCCUAUCUGUUCCUGCACGCCCUCUGGAAUCCGGCAAUCCGCUGGCGCGCCCGCACCUACAAGCUUCACUGGGGCGGAGUGGCCUACGAACUGAACAGCCCCGCCACCGAUGCUGCCAACGACCCGCUGGCGCCACAGCCACAGCCCGCACCCACGUUAGAGCCUGCGGUAGUCAACGCGGGAACAACGGUGGACACGCUGAUUUGCACGGGCGCCAAGCAGCGACUGCUGGUGUCGUAGCACCUAAUAGUUAAGUUUGUUAUUUUGUACUUGUGAGCGAACCAACUCAGCGGACUGCAAGCGACUGGCGGGCGGCGUCUAGCGUCUGGUAGUAGUAUUAUUAGCUGAACCUUAGUCACUACGUAAGUCUAGACUUAAAGCUGUAAAAAAUGGCGAAUGCGGAGCGGCAUCCACGCACUCCACCAGGACGUGAAGCACGGCAGGCGGAGCUAGAUUAGUUUAGAGACACAGUUUAGACGACGAGCGUAUCGCUGCGAUUGCUCGCCAAAGAUUUAGAUGUAGGCGUUCAAGCAGAUCGACCCGGGCGCAUUUUGGUGGCUUCAUGGAAACUGGUUAAUGAUGCUUUGUGUAUAUAUAUAUAUAGCGUACAUAUUUGGUAGCCAGCCUGUACAGACGUUAGCCCUAGUUAGCAUUAUGAUUGCGUUAGUUCUCCCCGCUUCUGUUGUUGCUUUAUUGAGUUGUAAUUAUUUAUUUUGGCCAAGCACACUAGGUAUACUGUUAUCGCUAAGCCUAUACUUAUGAUUACUUUUAGUUAAGUUGUUUGGGUUUUUUUCUGUUUGUCCCAGCUGCUGUACAUAAGCGCCAAAAGGGAAUGCCAUUGAAUAAAUCAAGUCGAAUCGAAUCGAAUCGAAACGAUCGUGAGAAUGAAAACCCAUUAGGUUCUGAUUGAUGUUUAUUUGCGGUAUCGUUUUUCAUAGAUCCCCUCACCUUAUCAGUUAGCUGACUCAGUGGGGUUUUGACCAAAUAGGUGGUAAAUGUUUGGCUGAGUCACACCAUCGAGUACACUCGGUUUCAGCGUAAUUAUCACCGCACACUUGACUCGACCCUACGCUCCUAAUGCGGGUCUACCAGCGAUCGCAGUCCAGUGUGUGUGUGUUGCUCUGAGUUAUGUGGGAGGUGAUGGGUCAGGCUGGCGCUGGCGGCGAGCAUUGUAACGUACUAUAGAUGCUGCUCGUAGAACCUUCCAGUCAUGUGAUCGUGUGGGAUUGGUCUGGGGGGAAAUUCUUUCAAUUUCUUUCCACACAGCCCCUUAUCGUACUGAGCUUAAGCCGUGACAAGCAGACAAGCCGACAAGCGAGCGACACAAAAACACAAAAACAUAUUUAUGAAUUACACGACUACAGAGAUACGAGAAGCGGGCAUAUCAGCGGCAAAGGGAGCAAAAAGCGAUUAUACAUAUACAUAUAUAGAAUUGGACCUUCGAUGCUGGUCCGGAACCAACCUAGGCCGACGCCUAUAGCUUACGCAUUAAGUAAUAACAAUUAGGCGGAGACGUAUUCUAGAGACACUAUAAACGACUGCUGAUAUUUUUUGCACAGCCGCCUUGCCUAAAAUGGGUGAAAAUGCAAUUUAAACGGAAUGACGUACUUUGGGGGAGUGCUAAAAAUUCCGAAUGCGGCCAUAUCUUGAUGGAAUUAUGUAAAUUAAUCAAUCGUUAUCAGUACCCAAGGCACGGCGAUCCACUCGAAUUUCAGUUAAGCGAUUAGAUAACAUUGGGGGAAUGCGAAAAACCCUUCGACUAGAUUUGUUGCUUUGUUUGCCAAGCUAUGUAAGCCGAACUAUGAGAAUAAUGUACGAACAUAUACAUAUAUUUGAGUAAUUAGUGUGUAUUUUUUAAAUCAAUUCGUAUUCUAAGCCUACAACUAGUCAAACAUAUUUACCGAAUAAACGGAAAAGCAUGACCAAUAUAAA